GAAAGGCCGCGUAAGGAGCGGCGGGGAGGAGGCGCCCUCGGCCGCGCCCCCGCGCGCUCCCGCCGCCCGCCCGGGCCGCUGCGCACGCGCAGCGCAGGCUUCAGACCCCCGGCGCGGCCCGCACGGCUGGGCCCUCAGGACCAAUGGCCCAAGUAGCAAUGUCCACCCUGCCCAUUGGAGAUGGAUCCUCAGAGAGCAGGAUGGUGGUGACGCUCCUCAUGUCUGCCCUGGAGUCCAUGUGUAAGGAGCUGGCCAAGUCCAAGGCUGAGGUGGCCUGCAUCGCCGUGUAUGAGGCGGACGUGUACGUGGUGGGAACUGAGCGAGGCUGCGCCUUUGUCCACGCCAGGCAGGAUUUUCAGAAAGACUUCACACGACACUGCCAGGGGGAAGGGCUCACUGAAGAGAAACCCCCGUGUCUGGAAAAUGGGACACAGGUCUGCCCUGGAGAAGCCCAGCUGCUCAGGAAAGCAGUGGAGGACCAUUUCUGCUUCUGUUACCGUAAAGCCCUGGGGACAACAGCCAUGGUCACUGUUCCCUAUGAGCAGAUGCUUCAAGACGAGGCAGCUGUGGUGGUUCAGGGCCUCCCGGAAGGCCUGGCCUUCCAGCACCCCGACAAGUACAGUCCUGCAACCCUGAAGUGGAUUCUGGAGAACAAAGCGGGGAUCUCAUUCGUCAUAAACAGACCUUUCCUAGGUGCAGACAGCCAGCUGGCUGGCCUUGGGAUGGUGACAGAUGCUGAGAGGCCAGCACCAGCACCAAAUGACAGCUGUGGCCCCGUCAGUGUGAAAACUGAGCCCAUGGAGGAUUCUGGCACUUCACCAAAGGCAGUAGCCGUGCUAGUCAAGACAGAGUCAGAGGAUCCCAAUUACUAUCAGUGUAACCUGCAAGGAAGCCAGCAUUCUUCCACCAGCAGUGAUGUCAUAGAAAUGGAAUUACCAUCUGAAGAGUCUACUCCACUGGUCUCCUCAGAGACAAAUGAGGAUGUUGAGGCUGAUGUGAAAAUGGAAGGAAAUGCAAAUUCAUCCAACAUUAUAAGUUCUGCAGCUGGUGUUGAAGAUCUUAGGAUUGUACAGGUGACAGAGCCAGAGAAUGAGGAGAGACUGUCAGGCAUUGAGAAAAUCAAACAGCUUCGAGAACAAGUGAAUGACCUCUUCAGCCGAAAAUUUGGGGAGGCGAUCGGGGUGGACUUCCCCGUGAAGGUACCCUACAGGAAAAUCACCUUCAACCCCGGCUGCGUGGUGAUUGAUGGCAUGCCCCCAGGGGUGGUGUUCAAAGCCCCCGGGUACCUGGAGAUCAGCUCCAUGAGGAGGAUCCUGGAUGCAGCAGACUUCAUCAAGUUCACCGUCAUUAGACCACUUCCUGGACUUGAACUUAGCAAUGUGGGAAAACGGAAGAUAGACCAGGAGGGCCGCGUGUUUCAAGAAAAGUGGGAGCGCGCCUAUUUCUUCGUGGAGGUGCAAAGCAUCCCCACGUGUUUGAUCUGCAAGCAGAGCGUGUCGGUGUCCAAGGAGUACAACCUGCGCCGUCACUACCAGACCAACCACAGCCGGCACUAUGACCAGUACGCGGGGCAGGCCCGGGACGAGAAGCUCCGAGAGCUCAAAGGGGCGCUGCGGAAGUACCUCCUGGGGGCCUCGGAGGCCGUGUGCCCCGAGCAAGCGCUCGCCAACGCGAGUCCACCCGCCAGCACCGCGGCGCGGCCGGUGGAAGACGUGGCCGGGAGCCUGUGGGAGAAGUUACGGCAGAAAAUCCGGUCGUUUGUGGCCUACUCCCUCGCCAUCGAUGAGAUCACGGAUAUCAACGACACCCCGCAGCUGGCCAUCUUCAUCCGCGGCGUGGACAACAGCUUCGACGUAGCCGAGGAGCUUCUAGACACCGUGCCCACGACGGGCGCCAAAUCCGGGAACGAGGUAUUCCUGCGCGUGGAGAAGAGUCUCAGCAAGUUCAGCAUCGACUGGUCCAAGCUGGUGAGCGUGGCCUCCACGGGCACGCCGGCCAUGGUGGACGCCGGCAGCGGGCUGGUGACGAAGCUCCGGGCCAGGGCCUCGUGCUGCAAGGGAGCCGACCUCAAGUCCCUGCGCUGCAUCAUCCACCCCGAGUGGCUGUGCGCCCACAAGUUAGGGAUGGGCCACGUCAUGGACGUGGUGGUGGACUCCGUGAACUGGAUCUGCUCCCGUGGCCUGAACCACGGCGACUUCACGACCCUGCUGUACGAGCUGGACAGCCAGUACGGCAGCCUGCUGUACCACACCGCGCUUAAGUGGCUGGGCCGGGGCUUGGUCCUCAGGAGGUUCUUCGAAUCCCUGGAGGAAAUAGACUCGUUCAUGUCUUCCCGGGGCAAACCUGUGCCCCAGCUCAGCUCCAGGGACUGGAUCCUGGACUUGGCCUUCCUAGUGGACAUGACGACUCACCUCAACGCGCUGGAUGCCUCCCUCCAAGGCCAUUCGCAGAUAGUGACCCAGAUGUAUGACUUCAUCCGGGCCUUCCUAGCGAAACUGUGCCUCUGGGAGACGCACCUGGCCAGAAACAACCUAGCCCACUUCCCCACGCUGAAAUCCGUCUCCCGCAGCGAGAGCGACGGCCUCAACUACAUCCCCAAGAUCGCGGAACUCAAGGCCGAGUUCCAGAAGCGCCUGGCGGAUUUCAAGGCUUGUGAGGGCGAGCUCACUCUGUUCAGCUCCCCGUUUUCCACCGAGAUUGACAGCGUGCGCGAGGAGCUCCAGAUGGAGGUGAUCGACCUGCAGUGCAACACGGUGCUGAGGACCAAGUACGACGAGGUGGGCGUCCCCGGCUUCUACAGGCACCUCUGGAGCAGUUACCCCAAGUACAGGAGCCACUGUGCCCGGAUGCUGUCCAUGUUCAGCAGCACCCACGUCUGUGAGCAGCUCUUCUCCAUCAUGAAGCUGAGCAAGAAGGAGGCGCAGUGGGGCCCGGCACUCCCCGUAGCCACGUGAGGGGGGAGGGGACAGGGCCCGUUAUCGCUGGGCCGGGAGCCGAGGCGGGACGAUCAGAGUUUUGAGUUCAAGGUCAGCCUGGGCUAAGUAUCAAGACCCCACUUAAAUAAAGCGAAAUCGCUGGAAGAGAAACAGAAGGGAAAUCUGGCCACCCCCCUCUACCUCCAUUGUGUGGAGACUUAGAAUGUUCCAGACCUUAUAGGCUGUGAGAUGGAGCCAACUGUUAAACCCCUGUUUAAUAAAAUAAAAGUUCCCCUUUCCCCCACUUGGAAUCAGAAUCCUAAUUUGUAUAUCACACCUGUUGAUCUGACUUUUGACUUCUGUCUAUAGUUGAGUCAUACCCAUAACUAUUGUAAUUCAGUUGGCUCCUCUUGUGCUUGACUGACUUUUUAAAGAUUUAUUUAUUAUUUACACAGUAUCCUGCCUGCACACCAGAAGAGGGCACCAGAUCUCACAAUAGAUGGUUGUGAGCCACCAUGUGGUUGCUGGGAAUUGAACUCAGGACCUUUAGUUAAAGCAGCUAGUGCUCUUAACCUCUGAGUCAUCUCUCCAGUCCAUGCUUGACUGGCUUAUGUCGUUCAUCUACAUUGUGCACUUUCAAUAAACCCACUGUGAAAGAGUGUGUGUUUGGCUGGGGGAGAUGGCACAUGUCUGUAAGCCCAGCACUCAGGGAGGCAGAGGCAGGUAUAUCUCUGUGAGUUUGAGGCCAGCCUGGUCUACAAAGCAAGUUCAGGACAGCCAGGGCUAUACAGAAAACCCCUGUCACAAAAAACAAAAACAAACAAACAAACAAAAAACGUGGAGAAAGAGAGAAAGUGAAGAAAGAAAAAGAGAGAGAAAGAAACAAACAAACAAAGACAGAAAGAAAAAGAAGAAAGGAAAGAAAGAACAUGUACAAACAACCAUGUGCCCAUAAGCCAAAGUUGGUGCAGUCCCAACUGGUCUCUGCCCCCUUCCUGAUGGAUUUACCCUAAAUAAAUUGCCUGUAUUUUC